UAAACCCAACGCCAUUUCAUGAAAUUCAAAUAAACGUUCACAAUGGUUACAGCACCAUCUAUAAUCUUCGUGGAUUCAAGAGUUAUUAUUUUAUUGAAACAGUUUAAAACAUCGAUAAUAUUAAUUCCAUUUACGAAUUAGUCUCCUUAAGCAAUGAAAUGUGUAUAAUCGUCGCAUUAGAAUUAGUAUUAAAUUACAGUAAAUUUUGAAUAAAAACGAUAAAAGGGUAAACAAGACGCCAUGGUGUUUCUUUAGUUUCAGUGCUAAAGCUGAGUGUCAUGGCCACGGUUAGACAAAAUGUACGAAUGUUGUAUAUUUAAAUCGUAUUGGAAAAAUUUCCACAAACAAAUCAGACAAUAAGCAUGCUGAUAAAAGGGUGGCGUAUGAUUCUUAUCCAUUUUCUUAUCGCUUGGGAAACGGAUUAGUUCACUUCGAAAAAUCAAGUGAUACGUACGCUGUCAAGUGAAUAUCCAACAAAAGGGAAUCAAGUGCAAAAAGAACGAAGAGAAACGCCGUGCAGCUUUACGGCGCGAAAGGAACGGAAACAGAGGUUAGCUUAUUGAACACAACUACCUUAGUCAGUUAAGAUGGUAGUCAUUAUAGUUACAGUGAUGGUAGAAGUGAUGUCAUUGAUACCAAUUUAGUUAAAACGUUCAACGAAGAGAUAAAGGGGAAAGCAAUCUUUAUAAUUAACAGAGAGUCUGCGAACUUCCAUAUAGUUAUUUCCAUCGGGUUUUUAUUCAAUAUCGUUUGGACGUGCGUGUUGAACCACUUACCAAUGAUGGAACAAUAGUCCGUAUAUAUACAUAUAUACGUUUAUCUUCCUCUCAAUAGGUAUUUUCCUCUUUGUUAGUUUCUCCGUCCUGCUUCUCUCUGUGGUUGUUAGAUUUUCCCUUCCUCUUUGUUUAUUCAUCUGCAUUGAAGUACCUUCUCUUUAUUACGAAUGAAUCUCUCGAAGAAUACGAUUGCGUGUCAAAGGAAAUACAAGCCGAUCGUUAUUCGAUCAAAAAUUGUUGUGUUAUUCCAUUGGGAUUAAUAAUUGGUCCGGCUAAUUGGAAAUACGACGACAGAUAAAUUCAAGAAACAUGCAAAAUUUGUAAAUCCGUGUCGUGCGAAAUUUAUGAAGGGUUGCAAUAAUGUCUAAGAAGACUAAUUGCAACAAAAUGUUAGUCCAUCAAUUAUCAUCUGUAUUACCUGAUGAUAGGCCAAUUACAGCCAUAAGUAUUGUUGAAGAUAUAGAUAAGUGUCCGCCAAAUUUUACAGUGGUGUCAAGAACAUAUGAUCAAGAUACUGAUGCAGAUCUGUGGAGAGAAAGUGGUCUUUUUAUUAAAAAGAAAGGCAGAUACAUUUGUUUUUCAAAGACUGAAGGGUUACCUCAGUGUGUGGUAGAAGAUAUAGUAGUCAUUAAUGAACGAGAUACUCCUCCAGAAGGAUAUAGCAUAAUUUCUUAUACUGUAGAUUCAAUGCAGAAGGCAUGGAGAAAGAAACAGGUGUGCUAUAAAAUUAGAAAUAAGGAACUAUGCUCGAAAGCAGUUACUGAUAUUAUCAUAUGUAGUAGAGUUAUACAUAAGGUCUAUUCAUCUAAAACAGCACCAAAUGGAUUUAUUGCUGCUGGUUUACUUCAAAGCGCCUCUCCAAAUCCAUCGAAUGGAACGCCCCAUAGAGUACCUCCUGAGAGACCACCGAAACCAAAGUUUUCGCCAAAACCAACAAAUGGGGUUUAUCCACAAAUUAGUGGAAGUGGAGGAAAGGAUACAGAGGAAUUUAAUGAUAGAGAUUAUGAAAUUCUGAGCCCUAGUGCAAGAAUUAGACCCACAAGACCUGCUCCGCAACCGCCUACGUCAACAGUUGUUGGAUUUACAUCAAUUUAUGGUACAUUGCCAGGGUCUUCUGAUUUGGAUGGAGUUCCAUUUGUUCUUAAUCCACGUCUCAGUGUUCAUUCUGAUUCUUCUAUUUUCUUUUACGAUUUUCGUGCGGAGAGAGAAACUUGAAGAAACCACUGUGCCAAACUAAUUGUGUGAUUCUUCACACAAUUUUUCAGCUAUGUCUAUACAUUUGUAUUGAUAAUAUAGCACUAGCCAAGUGUAAUAGAGUGCCUGAACGAGUGAUUCAUACUAACCCACGAAAAUGGAAUCUUUUCAAAACAUUUAUUGAUGAAAUGUUCAAAUUUAAAUAUUGUCCAUUUUCUGAAGUACUUUUUUCUUCCGUGUCCUAUUUAGAUUUUGAUACCAGUGACGGUUAGCAUUGUAUUUUUAUAGAGUUGCGUUGUAUUUUUAUAGAUAGUAGAAGUUAUAUAGAUAUAUAUUAUAUAUAAUUGUAUGAUAUGUUCUCUAGUUGUUUAUAAAUCGCCACAAAAUACUUAAUAUUAUACUGGUGUAUUCCUAUUUCUUAAUCAAACGCAAGGAAUCUUUCAAUAAAGUCAUCUUUAAUUUUAUUUCCAACAAAAAAAAAAAAAAAAUGAA